AUGAGGUCUUCUCUGUUAUUGUCGCUGUCUGCGGCAAUCGUAACAGUUGCAGGGCAUUCUCCCACGGCAAAACUCAAUGGCGUCACGUACAACGGUCUCUACAAAGACCAAGUCGAAUUCUUCUGGGGCAUUCAGUACGGCCAGGAUACCGGAGGAUCCAACCGAUUCAAGCCUCCCAAACCCUUCGUACCUGAGCAUGGCUGCACCGUCGAAGCAACACGUCCUAGAGCAGCAUGUCCGCAGGAGAAAGGCACAAAUUCCCUGCCACUUUACCUGGGCAACAUCACGGAGAUCUCUGAAGACUGCCUACUACUGAACGUGGCCAGACCUAACGGCACGACUGCAUCCUCGAAGCUACCUGUCAUGGUUUAUAUCCAUGGCGGCAGUUUUGUUGCUGCGUCUAAAGACGAACCUGCUUCGCAACCGGGAGGACUCAUCUUACAGUCUGUUGAGAUUGGACGACCGAUCCUGCAUGUAGCACUCAACUAUCGACUCGGUGUGUUUGGGUUCGCACAAUCCGAAGCACUCAAUAAGGAGGGAUCAGAAAACGCAGGACUUCGAGACCAACGAUUAGCUCUUGAAUGGGUGCACAAGAAUAUUGCCGCUUUUGGCGGAGACCCUAGCAAGAUCACUAUUCACGGUCAAUCGUCGGGCGGGUUGGCGAUGGGAAUGCAGACAGUAGCCUUCGGUGGCAGGAAACCUGCCCCUUUCAAUCAAAUCAUAGCUCAGAGCCAAGUCCUCGAAGGAGGAAUCACUGGCAACUUCACCCGCGAUGCCAUGAAGCGGGUUACGAAUGUGACCAGCUGCAAUACCACUGACGUGCAAUCGCCCGCAACGAUAAGGUGCUUGCGUGGGCUGUCCACCUCGGAUCUCUUGAAAGCCCAGCUGGACACCUACACGUCUGGGCCACAAGCCAACAUUGGAGACGAGUGGUUGCCUGUCGUCGACGGCGAUUUUCUUCCCGCGCCACCAUCAGAACUCCUGGCAACAGGACAACACUACAAUGUCACGACCAUGAUCGGCUGGUGCGAAGACGACGCUCAGAUAUUCCCUGAUCCUCUACCUUCGAACGCCUCGGCCGUCAGGCAGUACUUCCGCCAGUAUCUCCCCGGCUACACAGAGCAGAACCUCGACCACCUUCUCAACCUGUAUCCCAUUUCCGACUUUCACAGCAGUUACUUCCCCAACGGCACCAUUCAGGUCACAGCUCAAGGCUAUCGGACAGGUCGCAUCCUCCGAGACAUUGCCCUGACAUGCCAACCCUUCUACUUCGGCGAAGCACUCGCAAAGUCAGGGAAUGAUGUCUAUUACUACGUGACGAACCAAACGAUCUUGACUCCAAUCCUGAAUCACUAUGGUAUCUACGGAUACGGGAAAGUGCAUACGUCUGACUUCGCGUACAUGUUCGGAAAUCUCAGCCAUUACGACAUCUACGACUUGCCCUUCCAUCCCGAGCCGGCCGAUUAUGCUUUGAAGGAUCGGGCGAGUCGAUCUUGGGCUUCGUAUGCGGCUCUGGGAUAUCCGUCUGUUGGUGGUAAGGGGACGUUGGAGGGUUGGAAGAAGGGCGAUAACAAGGAUGCGAACUAUGGCGUGUAUGUGAUGGGCGGGCCGAACGAGGGCUACUCUGGGAAGGGAGGGAAGAAGGCUACGGUAGAAGCCAUGAAGUUGCAGAAGCUGCAGGACAGGUGUUCGUUUCUGAAUCGACCGGACUCCAUCAAGCAGGAUGGCUACUGA